CGAAAUACACGAACACCAAGUGCCUAGGAAAGAAUCAUGCCUUUUGGUCUAACGUGGACUCGCUAUGUGACAUUUACAGGAACAGCUUUGGUGUUCAUGCUCUUGGGAGCAUCGAUGGUACACAAUUUGUACAAACCUGACUUGACGAUUCCAGAAUGUUCAGACAACUGCAAAGUGGAGAAUUGAAGAUCGAUCGGAUUUGUGAUUUGCAAAUGCGAAAGGGAGUGGUGGUCCGUGUACAGUAUAGUAUGCACACCGUGUAGUAAAUUAUUGCUAAAAUAAGACCGGAACUCGGAAGUUUGUGAUAUCCGGGCUAUUGAUUUAAUCUUCGGCUGUACAGUAUAAUGACAAUCGUGUUGGUUUUGUUGUCGCUGGCAUGUAUUACUGCUAGAAGUACACAAAGGAACUGCACAGAGGAUGACUUUGUGUACGAAUACACAACUUGUCGCUCUGAUGGAAGUCGCUGGAGAGUAGCUGUUCCAAAGAAAGAAGGAACAUGUUUUGGAGGGGUAAACCCACCUCCUACACGGAAAGGAAAACCAUGCGACUUUUCUUGUGGUUCUGGCGAGUACUUUCAAACUCAGGGUGAUGAGGAAUGCCAUAAGUGUCCAGCUGGAACAUACAGUCUUGGUGGUCAAUUGCUAUUUGAUUCUUGGCAUAAAUUGCCAAAGGAAUUUACCAUUCACUCAGAGAAACUAGAGCGUGGGGAUGCCUUUGGUAGUUCAGUUUCUGAGGACGUCAACUGCACAAGGAGUCGUUGGUAUCCACAUGGUGACUACAUUGCAGUUUCAAGAGGCAAUUGCUUGUCUAAUCUUGUUCUUCACGUUAAUCUGCUGCAUUCUGGAUCAUUGACAGUUAAGUACAGCUAUCAUGGGUUUUAUGAAUCCUCUCUACGAGUAAAGAUUCAGAAUGAUCGUUGCAUGAGGAAUGAAUUUGGACAAGAUAGUAGUGAGAAGAGGUACAGUUUGCUGUCAUCGGAUACGGAUUCAUGGAGAGAAAGGGUGAUACACUUGUUAUCAGGAGGGAACACUAUUACGUGGGAAGCUUCAUCGUAUCUGUAUGGUCCAUCUUCAUACAGCAAUACCCGAACUGCAGCCAAAAUCAAGUCAAUUGAAGUCACAGGGAUUGCAUAUGCUUCUACUUGUACGGCAUGUCCUGCUGGCUCAUUUAGCAAAUCGGGAGCGAGCAAAUGUGAGUGGUGUCCUGAUGACUUUUAUGCUCCUAAUGAGGGCAUGUCAGAAUGCUUGCCAUGCAACAUAUCUACUCAUUUCUCAAAGGCUGGAGCUACAAAGUGCAUUGAAAGGCCUGCUUGUCAAGAGAGUGAUUACUUUGUAACACACACACCUUGUGACAACAAUGGACAGACUCAGCUAAUGUACAAAUGGGUGGAUCCCAAGGUGUGUCGUGAUGGCUAUUCAGAGUCAAUUAAAUUACCACCUUCUGGAAGACCAGAGAAAUGCCCUCCAUGUAAUCCUGGUAUGGCAUCAACCAACAUGACCGACCAUCGAUGUGUGGUUUGCCCAAGGGGCCAUUACAGUGAUGGCAGCCAUCCAUGUAUCAAAUGUCCACCUGUUACAGAGGCUGUAUACAACAUAGAUUUGCAGUUCUGGCCAAAUUCUGAUAGUUUACCACAUUUUGUGACUCUUGAUUGCGUAUCUGAUGCGCCAGGCUACUGUGUUGACAGUGGAUGGGAAUUUCUAAGUAAUUUUAUUGGAACUAAUUUGCACAACAAUCCUACAGCAGUGCCUCAGCUUACAAUUCAUACCAUUGGAUUUAGAGGCUCAGAAAGUGUUGUAACUGGUGGAGAGAUGAGUAUUGUUGGCCAUGUCAGAUUUGUCUUUGAGACAGAGUGCGAGCACAAGUGUGAAUUUAGAUUUCUUGUGCAAGAAGAUACUGAAGAUGCUGUUGAAGUAUUGUCAUGGACCGGAAGUCAGCCAAAACAAGAAAGCAGCUAUCUUGUGAAAUCAACUGCUCCUGCAAAGUUUAUUUGGACUUUCCGGAAAGUAGGAAAGGAUCAAAUUAAGCACAAAAUGGGCAGCUUCGGUCAUUUUCCUCAAACAUCACUUGUGCAUGAUUCAACAAGCAGGGUAAACAUACAUUCGAUCAACAUAACAAAUACGGUUAAUGGCGGUGCAAGUUAUUGUCGUGGCUGUCUAACAAAAGCAAAAAUCAGCAACCAAGAAAUUGCACGAUGUGAAAGCUGUCCUAAAGGUCAUUACGUUGAUACUAAUACAAGAGAGUGUGUCCCGUGUCCUCAAAACACGCGACUCAAUGAGAAUUAUCCUAUUGGGUUGAAUAGUUGCGUUGCUUGUGGUCCAGGAACUAUCAGCAAGCCUGGUUCUAUUCAUUGCUAUUCCGAUUGCACUUUCAGUGAUGAUAAUGGAAGGAUAUAUAAUUUUACAAGACUUGGAAGUGCAGUUCAUAACAUCAGUGGAUACAAACUGUUUAGCUCUGUCGGUCACCCUUAUUAUCAUUACUUUUCUCUGAAUCUUUGUGGGGAUGAUGCACUUGCUCAAUGUGGUCACAAUAAGGUACAUCAGACAGGAAAGCAGUUACAGCUGUUGACACAUUCACAAAGAGAAGUGCGCUCACAUGUGUGUCGAUCAACAGUAAUGCCACUGUCUAGUGGAGAAACACUAGAUGUUGAACCUGUCAGUUUGGGGGAUCAAUUACUGGCUGUUGUUACUUCUGAGGAAAGCAGCAACUUGUCUGCAAUGAGCGUUAUUGGAGACAUUCGCAAGGGCAAUGAGAGCAUAUUGAAUUUUUUCUUUAAAGGCAUUGGUGCAACUGCUUUAUGUCCUAAGGGCAGAUCAGCUGUUGUUGCAUUACAUUGUGAUGUGACAAAAGGUGGUCAGGGUGAACUGACUCUACCACUACAUUGUCCUGAUGGAACGUGUGAUGGUUGCACAUAUGGUUUUGUGUGGCACACCCAGGUUGCCUGUCCUUUGUGCAGGGACAGUGAUUAUGAGAAGCUUGAAGGAGUGUGUAAAGAUAAUAAAUCGGAGAUCAUGUAUCUUCAGAAAGAACCCAGAGAAUGCAUUGGUGGUGUUACGCGUCCUCGUAAAGUGAAAGUUGACUGUGUAGAACAACGGAUGGUUGUGGUUACAGUUGUUGAGCAUAAGCCAGUUGCAAGUUUGUUGGACUACAAAGGAUAUAUUGGCAUUGCACUUGGUGUUGCUGUCAUUUUGGUGCUUGUGUUGAUUUUUCUGUAUUUCAAGAAUAGGAGGUUGGAGUACAAGUAUCAACAACUGAAACAGUCAGCUAAAGAUGGAGAUGAACUUCCUGCACCUGAAACAUGUGUACAGGAGUCUGAAGAUGAAGACGAAGUUGUGUACAGGAAAGGAAUCAAAACAGAACGAAAGCUUCUGAAAAAACUCAAAGGAAUAACCGGAAAAGGAAAGGAUAUUGAGAUGGAAGAGAUGGACUUUCAGACUGUCCAGCUGGGAUCAACAUUUGAGAAUGCUUAGUUAAGCUUAUGGAUAAUAGAGUUGCAAAUUAAUUGGUAUGGUAUAUUGUUGCAGUAAGUUGUUAGUUGCAAAUUUAGUGAGCAUAUAGUUUAGUGGUUGUGUAGGAUACUCAUACGUAUUGUGGAAGAAAAAUACUUGACUUUGA